AUGAAAAUUCAAAUAAUUUUUUUGGCUGUUCUUUUAACAAAAUUUAACUUUAUUAGCUAUGCUAAUGGAAUGGAUCUUCCGGAUGACUUCUGUAAAGAUAUACCCAACGAACUCGUACCACAUCCAGAAAAUUGUUUUCAGUUUGUAAUUUGCAUUGGUGAAGUUUCUAAUAUUAGUACAUGUCCAUCUCCCUAUUUGGUCUUCUAUAAUGGGGAUUGUGUUGAAGGAGAUCCUGAAACGUGUCAAAUUGGAACAACGACAUCAACAACCUUGACUCCAACAACAUCAACAUCCAUAACAACCUUGACUCCAACUACGACAACCGAAUGGAGUCUUCCAGAAGAUUUCUGUAAUGGAACAAUUUACGGUGUCUUCCCGCAUCCCAACAAUUGUUUCCAGUUUGUUGUUUGCGUACAUGAAGUUCCAGGUAUUUUAAAUUGUUCAUAUCCAGAGGAGGUUUUUUAUAAUGGAGUAUGUGUUGAAGGAGAUCCUUUGACAUGCCAAAUUGUAAGGACUACAAGAAUUCCUGUUGAAACUGAUUUGCCCACAAAUGAACCAACAAUAACUGAAAAACCAUUGACAACUACAUCCAGGCUUCCAACAACAACACCAAUUCAUGUUCAUAGAUGUCCACCAAGUGGAUUCGGGUACAUUCCACAUCACACAAAUUGUAAUCGAUACUUUGAGUGUAUCAGAGGCAUUAGACAUCUACGAUUCUGUCAUGAAGAUUUGCUGUUCGAUUCUGUGUCUCUAAAGUGCACGUCACCUGAGCUUGCUGUCUGUGCUGGAUCGAAACUUCCAGAAUUACCUUCUCGUGAUGUUCCUAUUCUAACAACAACAAAAUCAAGCAUUCCUACACCGCCAUUAACAAUUAUUACACGCACAACAACAACAACAACUGAACCAAUUCCAACAACAACAGAGGAAAUUACAACAACAACUGAAAGAGGUCUUCCAGAUGAUUUCUGUGAUGGAGUCGAUUUUGAUUUAUUUCCGCAUCCCGACAAUUGUUUCCAGUUUGUUGUUUGCAUAAAUGAAGUUGCAAGUAUUGCCAAUUGUAGAUCGGCAGAGAUAUUUUAUGAUGGAGCAUGUGUCAAAGGGGAUCCUAUGACAUGUGAAAUUUUUACAACAACAACUUCAACAACACCAACAACAUCCACAACUACCUCGACUCCAACUACAACAACCUCGACUUUAACAACAACAACCUCAACUCCAACAACAACAACCUCUGCUCAAACAACAACAACCUCAACUCCUACAACAACAACAACUGAAAGUAGUCUUCCAAAUGAUUUCUGUCAUGGAAUCAACUUUGGUAGAUUUCCACAUCCCCACAAUUGUUUCCAGUUUGUUGUUUGCAUAAAUGAAGUUGCAACUAUUCUCAAUUGUGGAUCGGCAGAGAUAUUUUAUGAUGGAGCAUGUGUCAAAGGAGAUCCUAUGACAUGUGAAAGUUUUACAACAACAACUUCAACAACACCAACAACAUCCACAACUACCUCGACUCCAACUACAACAACCUUGACUUUAACAACAACAACCUUGACUCCUACAACAACAACAACUGAAAGUAGUCUUCCAAAUGAUUUCUGUCAUGGAAUCAACUUUGGUAGAUUUCCACAUCCCAACAAUUGUUUCCAGUUUGUUGUUUGCAUAAAUGAAGUUGCAAGUAUUGUCAACUGUGGAUCGGCAGAGAUAUUUUAUAAUGGAGUAUGUGUCGAAGGUGAUCCUUUAACUUGUGAAGUGUUUGCAAUAUCAACCACACAUUCUUAA